AUGUCAGUCUCUCAAAACUCCUCCAGUGGCUUUGAAGCCAUUUUUUCAACUCUACAGAAUGCAGGAGAUGCCGACAGCACCUUGAAUGUCCUCAAUAUCCUGGAUGAACUAUUGUCAGCAGGUACAGAUCGGCGUAUUGACCACAUGAUCAGUAAAGGUGGAAGCGAGGCCUUGCUAAAUGCACUUGUCAAAAAUGGCAGCAGGUCCAGUCCAGAUUUCACCAUUCUGUUGCCUAUACUAUACCUGGUGGCCAAAGUUGGACACAAAGACGGUGCCAUAGGCAAAAAAGCUGAGGAGGCUGGAGCAGUCAUUCUGAUUCUAAACCUGCUCAAAAACAACAUUCAACAUGCCAGGAGGGCUGAAGCAUGCCUAUUAGUCAUACAAGUUUUUGCAGCAUCAGUUUCCACAGCAAAACUUAUCGGAUCAUUAAAUGGACAGGAUAUCAUCUACCAUUUCAUCCCUCAUUAUACCACAAUGAAUCUGCAAGUGAUUAAGGCAUCCAUUCAUGCAUUUGCUGCUCUGCUUUCCUCAAAAGAUAACAUCUCCUCAGCAGUGUCCAAGGGUUAUGUGUCUGGCCUCUUACUGCUGUAUGAGGAAUGGCACAGCAAGGACACUAAACAUUCUGCCAUUGACGUCCUCCUGGCACUGCUUCAUUGCUUUUAUAAAAUUACACGUAGUGCUGUUGGCAGAGACACUUUUGUGUCACAAGGAGGCAUCCAACUUCUUUAUCAUACAACUCAGAUAAGUUUGUUGAAUAAAUGUUUGGAGUCAUUGGUAGAGUCAUCCAUUCAGCUGAUGAGAUGUUGCCUGCCUAGAACCCCUCUACCACUGAAAUCAGAUCUAUCCGCUUACUGCUUCCCCUUGCCAGGAAGACAACAUGAUGUUUUUAUGGUUGCAACUUCAGAUGAGCGGAGUGGUGAGAUUGUUGAUGAUGAUGAUGAUGAUGAUGAUGAUAAGUUGGAGGAAGCUUACCAAGAGACUCAGAGUAAAGACAAUGAUGAUGACUUGGAGACUGACCUGAACAAACUUUGUCUUCGUCCUGCUCCUGACAGACCCAAAGAGCUACUAUUACAGUACAGCCGCCUCUGUCCUGAACUCGCACAUGAUUUCCUGGAAGAGCUUGAUUUGAGUUCACAAGAGAGUUCAUCAUCUUCAUCAGAUGACGAUGAAGCAGAGAAUUGCAACAGUUUACCUCCUCACUCUAUGAGGGAAAAAAACAAUAAUGAGUUUAUCUCCCGGACACAAAAAGGCAUGCCGGGUCCGACCAAAUCAGGUGCUUGCUUAUUAAAGGCAAAAGAUUUUAACAGUCGUUCUGGUAUUCUAAACACCUGCUCUCCGGUUGGAAAGGAAGCGACUGUGGCAAGGAUGGAAGCCAAGUCAAGUCUGACAAAUGAUAAGCAGAAGGAUAAGGAGGAGGGAAAUGGAAAAUGUUAUAAUGCUACCAUAUUAGACCAUUUAAUCGACAUACACGGUGUUGCCAUCCCCUACCAUGAACCCAAUAUGUAUCGUGCUGCAGCAAUCAAAACAAAAUCUGUUCCAGGAUUCAGCACUCUUGCUUUUCCUGAUAUUUGGGGUCAGGUCUCACCAUCAGGAAAUGAACCCAUGGAACCUCGCAAGCCCAAUGUCCAAAGACAGAAAGUGCUUGAAGAUAUUCGACGUUUCUUGACAUAUUCUGAUAUCAUUAACCAGGUAGUUUUUGACCUGGAAAACAGCAGUUUACAGUUUCCACAUGACAAGCCAGGCCCAUUGAGAUUCUUUUCCAGUUUUGAAUGUGGUAACCUCAGAAAGGCUAUUCAGGUCCGCAGAUAUGAAUAUGACCUAAUAUUGAACGCAGAUGUCAACUGUUCCCAGCACACUCAGUGGUUUUAUUUUGAAGUCAGUAACAUGGUGCCUGAUGUUUCCUACCGUUUCAAUAUCAUCAACUGCGAGAAGAGCAACAGCCAAUUCAACUAUGGAAUGCAGCCAAUGCUUUAUUCUGUACGAGAUGCACUAGAUGGUAAGCCCCAUUGGCAGAGAUCUGGAACAGAAAUUUGUUAUUUCAGAAACUAUUUUGUCCCAGUUCGUGGAAGGCCAAGAACACCAUUUUAUACAUUGACAUUCACCAUCACCUUCAAAUACAAUGAAGAUGUCUGUUAUCUGGCCUAUCAUUACCCUUAUACAUACUCUGCUUUAAGGGCUCAUUUACGUUUGCUGCAUCGAUCAAUUGAUCCCCGCAAGGUGUAUUUCCGGGAGCAGAUUCUUUGUCCAACUCUUGCUGGAAACUCCUGCCCAUUUGUCACCAUUACUGCAUGUCCUCCUAGCAAGUGCUAUAAAGAUAUUCAUCAGUUGCGUAAUCGCCCCUGCAUUGUGCUGACAUGUCGUGUCCAUCCUGGUGAAUCCAAUGCAAGCUGGGUAAUGAAAGGCACACUAGAGUUUCUGUGCAGCAGUGAUCCAAUAGCCCAGGCACUGAGAGAAACAUUUGUCUUCAAGAUCAUCCCGAUGUUAAACCCAGACGGAGUCAUUAAUGGAAUGAAUCGCUGCGACCUGAACGGAGAGGAUUUGAAUCGUCAGUGGUGUCAACCAGACCCGAUUCUCUGUCCAACCAUCUACCAUACCAAAGGUUUCCUCUACUACCUCAACAGUAUUAAACGAACUCCUUUGGUCUUCUGUGACUAUCACGGACACUCUCGAAAAAAGAAUGUUUUUCUGUAUGGCUGUAGUGUUAAGGAAACCUUAUGGCAAUCAGGGUCUACUGUUGACACUGCAAGACUGAAAGAGGAUCCUGGAUAUAGGACUAUUGCAAAGAACUUGGAUUGUAUUGCACCAGCCUUUUCGUUCAACAGCUGCAACUACAUGGUGGAGAAGUCCCGUUCCGCCACUGCCAGAAUUGUUGUCUGGAAAGAAUUGGGCGUGCUGAGAAGUUAUACCAUGGAAAGCACUUACAAUGGAUUUGAUCAGGGAAUAUAUAAGGGUCUUCAAAUAAGAACCACAGAGCUGGAAGAAAUGGGAAUGAAAUUUUGCCAGAGUCUGCUCUCCUUGACUACAGAUACAAGGGCCCUUUAUGGCAGGAGUUUGAUCAACCACAUUCAUCUGGGACAUGACAUCAUUGACCAUAAGUCACACAACUGCUUUGAAGAUGAUGAGCCCCCGUGUGUUGAAGAAAUUGAAUAUUCCACGCCAUGUCUUGGUCUCAAAGGCAACAACUUGGAAUUGGAUAUUAAUGGAUGCAUGGCUAACAACAAUGCAGACGGUGGUGCUGACGGACAAACAGCAAAGCAAAAAAUCUCAAGAUAG